UAUUAUAGUGUUAGUGUGUAAAAUAAAUUGUAUGAUAAUAUACGUCUGUGUAUUAUACACUACACAGUAUUACAGCCUUGCAAUUUGCGGGGUUAUAUUAAUUAAAUACUUCAAUAUUCGAUCUAUCCAUCUCUGUAGUACCUAUCUGAAGUUUUCGUUUUUAACUAUUACAUCUGUACCUGUGAUUUGUGUACGUGUGUUCAGGACCCGGAGACUUGAACUGUACAACUAAGUACCUAAUAAUUUUUGUGGUAAAAUGGGUACUAAAGUGUGUGAUAUUGGAGAUGAUGUUAAGGAAACAUUGAGAAAGUUUCGGUUCCGUAAAACAACAAAAAAUGCUGCCCUUAUAAUGAAAGUAGAUAGAGAAAAACAGCAAGUAUGUGUAGAUGAAAUGUUGGACGAUGUUACUCUUGACGAACUAAGAGAAAUUUUACCUGGUCAUCAGCCACGUUAUAUUAUUUACUGCUGUAAAAUGGAACAUGAAGAUGGGCGAGUGUCAUUCCCGAUGUGCUUCAUUUAUUUCACCCCGAGAGAUAGUCAUAUGGAAUUACAAAUAAUGUAUGCAGGCACUAAAAUGGCCUUACAACGUGAAGCCAACUUGACUAGGGUGUAUGAAGUGAGAGAAUUGGAUGAAAUGACCGAUGAGUGGUUACAAGACUGUGUUAUGGGAAAGUAAUAUUUUGUAUAGAUUUAAAAUGGUUUAUAAAUGACAUGAAAUAGAUUUUAAAAUUAAUAUACAGUUUUAAAAAGAUACCAUAAACUAAUUUAAAACAAAUAUUGACCCAUAUUUAUUUUAAAUGAUCUACACACUUUUAGAUAUUAAAAUAGAUAGAACCAAGUACAGACCACUAAAUAAAAUUUAACUGUUCAAUGUCUAUUGCAAUUUGUUUUUAUAAUAUUUGAUGUACCACAUCAAAAUAUUUUAUACAUUAAUUAUUGACUACCAUUUUAGGUUUUUAUAUUAUUAUUCUUUAAUCUUUGGGGCAUAUUUAAAAUAUUUUAACCACUAUAAACAUUCCUUUUGACUUUGCACUUGUGU